AUGCGGAUGCGUAGCAAUGCAUACACCCUGACGGUACGUCAGGGGCCAGAGCGGGCCAAGGCUUUCGCGGGGCCAAAGGAAAAAGACCGCAAGCCUGUUGACCCGCCACCCAUCAUACAAUUACAGAUUAGGGAUCCCCAGGAUCCAACUCAGAACUACCUGCAAAGCCCAUACUUUUUCAUGUGUUGCAACCUUUGUGACGCCAACCUUGAUCGUCCGGGACAGUUGGCCGCUGCUCAUCAGGGCGAGGAUAUUGACACAGCAACCCAGUCCGCUCUGGCAGGAACAUUAGUAUCCUCACUUCAUAGACUGAAGGACGUUGACAACACUGAUGGUGGCUUCUUUGUUUUCCCGGAUCUCUCCGUGAAGAUUGAGGGUGACUUCCGCCUUCGAUUCAGUCUCUUUGAGAUGGGGAAAACACGUGUCUCAUAUAUAAAAUCCGUUACAUCAUCUCCUUUUACCGUAUUCACUCCGCGGGCAUUCCCGGGAAUGUCUGAAUCUACAUUUCUAUCACGCUCAUUUGGGGACCAAGGGGUGAAGCUGAGGAUCAGAAAAGAACCUCGAGUUUUGGGCAAAAGGUCAGCACCUUCGGAUUUUCUACCCGCAGACGCCGCGCACGGGCACCCCCAGCAAACACCCGUUGAAUAUCGAAACAUGGGGCUGCAGCCGCAACAUGAACAAAGCGGAGGCUUCGGUCCUUCGGGGUACAAAGAGCCAACACUUGGUUACGACGAUCUGCCUCUUAAGCGGCAAAGAAUGUCUAUUGAUUUGGCUAGGAGGACUGCAUACGAACACGACCAACGGCUCUCUCAACGCUCUUAUAUACAACAGCGGGAUGCUUAUGGUCAAUAUGCUCCAUCAACACCUAGUCGUGGAUCAUAUUACGUUCAAGGUCCUUCAACCGGUCCUGGUCCCAUCGAGUACCCCUUCAGCCAUGGACGUACAAACUCAUCUUCCAACUCUUCGCCAUUCUUGUCUCCACGGACAGAGUAUCCUGCGUAUCAAUUUCCAGCACCUAAUUCAAUGUAUCAGACACAUUCAAGGAACUCUCCUCAGCAGUACCAGCAGAGUCAGUAUACCCCUACCCAAGCAAGACCGGUCCCACAGUUGGCACAAUCUUUACCCCCUUACCGUCCGCUGCCGUCAUCUGUUCCAUCUCAGCCAGAGCAACCCAGAGCAUACUCACGAUCAAUGGAAGCGGACGAGCAAUCACUGGCGAGUCGAGGGUACGAACAAAGCUACAACAACUCUCAAUAUCCUCCCAUAAACUAUGACCGCCAAGUUCAGCCUCUAGCUCGGACUCUUCCAGCGCCUUCGCAAGCUGUAACUAGUCUCCUCCCUCCUCUGCAGUCCUUAUCUUCUGCUCAGCCACGAAGAGAUACCUUGCAGUCAUAUUCAAGCGGUGGGAUGUCAAAUGUAGAAACCAACACUCACCUACCAUCAUCAUUGCCGCUGGUGCCGCCAAGCUCGGAAGCACAGAACUUUCUGCCACAGCCGUAUCGGGGUCGAGACCAUGGCUGA